CUACUACUCAAUCAUACGAUCUUGCAGCUUUACUUUUGUAAUACAUUUUGACAAAGGUUAAAAAAUUAACGCACAUUGUCCUGUCUACAUAUACAAAUCUUUGAAUCGGGCGGUCCACGGCUUGCGCCGCCAUUCUGGAUAUUUUGACGGGAAGGUCGAUCACGUGACUCGUCGCGGCGAGGGGCGGCGUGCUUUGCGGAGUGCGGGGCGCUGGCUAGACUCUCCAGUAGUCGAGCCAUCCGUCUGCUGCUUCGACUGCAGCCGGUCGCGGGGAUCCACGCCCCGCCCGCGCGCGCCUUAACUCAUAGCGAUUACAUUCUUUUUCACUCAAAAGUUGAAAAGUGAGAGAGAGAUCCAAAAGUUGACUAGAGGGCAGCUCUCGAGAUCAGCAGAAGAGUGCGACGGUUUUGCUACGUAACGAGGUCGUAUGCGUAUUUUUCGCAGAGGCGGCGCGCGGCGACGGGGCGGCGAGGAGGCGCGCGGGCCGCUCGCGCCCGGCCCGGCCGUCGCGACGGCACGCUCGGCAGACAUGGUUCGAUCGCGAGUGGAGUGCGUCGCGCGUGCCGGCGCGUAGCCUCAUGCGUCUGCCGAGCCCCAGCAACGGUGGCGCGGAACUAUCAUGGACGUGGUGACGCCGCACAUCACCUCCGUACUGAAGACAUACCAGGCCAGCGCGCCGCGCAGCCUGCAGGGUCCGGGCGGCCGAGCCCCGCGCGGCCCCGAUCCGCCGCCGCCUCCGCCACCGCCCGCCGCGCCGCCCAUCCUUCUGGCCGCUGACGCCGAACUGGGUGAGCGCGGCGAGACUCGCCUCGAAGGAGAACCCAUCUCCUGCUUCAGCGUCGGCGGCGAACGGCGGCUGUGCUUGCCGCAGAUCCUAACUUCUGUGCUUACGGAUUUCACAUUAGAGCAAAUAAAUCGCGUGUGUGACGAAUUACAAAUAUACUGUUCGCGCUGCACCCCGGAGCAGCUGCACGAACUGAAGUCGACAGGAGUGUUACCGAGGUCGGCGCCCUCGUGCGGACUCAUCACGCAGACGGACGCAGAGCGGCUGUGCGCGGCGCUGCUGCAUGCCCCGGCUGCCUCGCGUCCCCACAAGCUACCCGGCUUCCGUGUAUAUCACGAGUGUUUUGGAGGAGCACGGGGUGUGUGUUCACCCGAGGCGGGUCUGGUGCAGUGCUCAGAGUGCCGAGCGCUGUAUGUGCCGCGCCGGUUCGUGUGCCAUUCCCACGAGACGGAGAACCGCACCUGCCAUUGGGGCUUUGACUCGUCCCACUGGCGUCGGUUUUUACUGGUCGCGGACGAGGAACAGGAUCAGGAGAAGUGCAUCGCGCUCCUGGACGAUCUCGCCGCCAGAGACGAGGCUGCCGCGCUCGCUCCGCUGCCUUUGAAGCAUCAUCAUCAGCUGCCCUUGAAAAGAAAACAGAUAGUGGAGACCGUCGUGUGCAAGACGGAACCACCGGAAUCGCCGCCAAAGAAGUCCCGCGGUGAAGACUACGGCUACACGGUGUUCUUGGACCCGUACGCGCUGCAGUACCGCGCUCUGUCCGCGUUCAGACCUUGGGGCAAGGGGGAGCCAGUGCUACAGAACCCCGAGCGGGUCGUGCGGGUCGCGGACUGCUCUCGUUUCGAGCGCGAUUAUCAGCCGAACGUGGCCCUGAAGCCUCUGACCCCGCCUGUGGACGACGUGACGUCAUCGACCUCGCCGCCGCCACAGAGCGAGUCUGAACUGGCAGCCCGGCUGCUAGACGCGGAGGCCCGCCUGGCGGAGAGGGCGCGGCGCCUGGACGCGCGGGAAGCCGAGCUGGUGCGGCGGGAGGCGAGGCUGCACGAGCGCGAGGUGGAAUUAGCGCGAAGGGAGCGCGAGUCCGCGGAGCCGCCGUGUUGACGGGCGCGCGUCAUCACCAGGCUGCGCUACUCGGGGUCGCGCAAUGGACGCUCAGUGAGUGAGGUGGUGGCCCCGGCGCCCGAUGAUGGCGCUUCGUGCGGCAUCCGAACGCCGUGAUCGUGAAGUUCUCUACUGUUUUUUUUUUUUUUAUGGCAGUACGCUGUGCGUAUUGCCACAGCUCUACUGAAAUUGUCGUCGACGUUCGGAGCAGUGUCGUGCUCGUGCCGGCGCGGUGGCGUCGGUCGUGUCCGGUCUUACCAUACAAUUGUGCAGAUGUACAUAAUCAUGUCGAAUACGGUUUCGUUUUAAAAUUGCAGUUUAUUUCGUAGUCUUUUCGCCGUGUGCCAUUAGAGGUACCUUUCGUGUGACCUCAAAUCUGUGCUUUUCGAUGACCGAUAACAAUACUCACAAUAAUGUAAUAGUGAAAUGAUAGUAAAGUUACAACCGUAAGCAUAAGGGCCUGGCCACAGCUACUGGCGGUGCGUUUUGCGGUGCGUUGCGAGGCGCGGCGGGCGGUGUGACUUGCGGGGGUAUGCCACAGCUAGACUAGUUGCGGCGGCGGCGGCGUCAGAGGUGCACGUAUUUAGAAAGUCCUAUCAAAUUUCCCUUUCAAAAGUGGCACGAUAUUACCUUGAAAUAAGUGCGUUCUUAGCUGAAGAUAUUAUUCAAUCAAGAAUAGGAGCGCACCCAGUUAGAAAAAGAGAGAACUUGGCGAAUUUCACCCUAUUUAUUAUUAUAUUAGGAAUAUUAGGAAUAUAAGAACUAUCCCGAUAAAUAGAUUAUUAAUAGAUUCAACCUUCACAGAGAUUACCAGGUUCAAAUCUCAAUUUACCAUACGUGUUAAUUGCUGAUAAAGCCUAUCCUCUUAAAAAUUAUUUGAUGCGCCCAUAUCCACCGGGUGGUUUAAAUGCGGAACAAAUAAUUUUCGACAAGACAUUAUCCCGGGCAAGUGUCACAAUUCAGUACGCGUUUGGUAUUCUAACUAAUAAAUUUCGUAUUUUUACGAAAAGUGUAAAGGCAAACAAAAAGCACGCGACAUUGAGUAUAAAGGUUUCGUGCCUUAAAAGAAAGUGAUGGAGACAGACAUGCAGAUUUUCAGCAGUUUGUUUCCCAGUUUGGAGACUCCAAUAUUCACAAUAGCGUACGCAGAUCAAGACGGAAUAAUCGAGCAACGGUUCAAGCAUCUAGAAUACGAAAUCAAUUCAAAUUUCAAAUUUUAUUUCAAUAAUCCUAUCCAAGAGUAUCUAGGAAACCAUUAGUACUAGAAAAUUGUUGUUUUAUUUCGUCCCACAUUUUUUUUAUAACAUGCCUCUAUUUAUGAUGUAGAUGUUUUGACAUCCAUAUUUCUGGUCUACUCAGUAUUUCACUAAUGAAUUGUUCCACAUCCAUUAUAUUUUAUUAGCUCAACGCGCGGUAAAAACAAAAUGAUUUGUUUCGGUCGCGCGAUGCCUCAAUGCGUCCACCGACACCGCCGCGCGCGCCGCUCUGAACUGUGGCCGCCUCCAUAUUGUCUAGUACAUUUGUUUCACUCGCACAUCGUGCAGCUCGUCGCCGCCAGAUGUCACGCGCCUCUCACCGCUCCUCGCAACGCACCGCAAAACGCACCGCCAGUAGCUGUGGCAUACUUCAUAGGUUGUCUACCAUUUGUUUUCGCCGCUCCCGCUUGCCGCGCCUCACGACGCACCGCAAUUCGCACCGCUCUCGGCUGUGGCCAAGGGGUAAUUUAUACAGGGUUAUUUCUAAGGUUAUAUUGUACGUUCGGGUAGAUUAUGUUGAAACCUGAAAUACAAUAGAAGUCAUAGUCUAAAGUACAUUUAGGUUUUAAAAUUUUAUAUUGAUUACGAUGACCCCGUCAUUAGUUCUUGUCGUAAAUACCGAUUAGUAUCAGGUACCGAUUAGUAUUAGUAUCAGGUAGUAUCGGCCUAUUAUUUAUCAAGUAUAAAAAUAACUCUGUAUAAAACCUCAACCGUACCAAAUACUGUGUUAUGGAAUAUGAAUUUAAAUAGGACAAAAUCGAAUCACUGUUUUGUUUUUAUCAUCGUCUACUGAAGCCUCAAGGGAUAAAAAGAUUGUACUAAAAUAAUUUAAUAGUAAAUUCAACUUAUUGAGUUAAUCGAUUUCAGAACUUAUUCGAGAAGGUAUGUUUAUAACGCAAAAACCCAAGUCGAAUGUUUACGAAGCAUGUUUCGAUUCCUCCAAUGAACACUACGCUAACUCCAAAUUCGUAGAUUUACAGGAGGAGCGUUUAAACGAAAAAAGUUGACAAAAUCUUUAUAAUUGCAGAUAUAUUUAUGUUUUUUUUGUGUAACUAGCUGAUUUACUCUUGCUUCGAACCCCAUCAAUAAUGAUUAAUUGUAAUACUUUUACAUAGUGAAGCGAUUAGCAUGGAAAACUAAAAUUUCAAAUUUUUGAGUUAGAGUAGUGUUCAUUGGAGGCAUCGGUUUUACAAAACUUUCUAAAUAUAGGUACAUAUGCAAGUGGAUCAUAUAUACUUAGUAUAUAUGUACGUGUAAAAAAGUUUUUUUUUUUCAUUUAAAUUUAUAAGAUGCAAAAAUUUUAUCCUCAUUCGUUUUAUUACGUAAUACUACGAUAUUGAUAAUUCUUAAGUCCCAUAGCUUCUUAUUGUCUGAUUGACAUAUUUUAAAGAAGAUUCAUCAAAUUUCAAACUGUAUAGAUAAGUGUAGGUACUUGUAGUAAAAAAAAACACAAUAAAAUUAAUACUACAGUUUGAAAGCUGUUAAUAGCAUCCAUGGGAACUGUGAUUGAUGUUACAUGGAAGAUACGGACUUUUUCGUAUACAACGCCAUCUGUUGGGGUAUUUAAUAAAGUCGUAAAGUAAGAUAAAAGUUGUAGGUAGGUCCAACGUGUUGAGUAAACAUACACGAAUAAUCCAAGGAACAAAAGCAAAUAUUUUUGUACUGCAACAAAAAAAAAAAACUUUUCAUAGUUAGUAGACUACAGGCCAACAAAAUGUUACGGGAAAUAUUUCCUUCUGUCUACCUCAUUGUAUAUAAAAUAUAUUUGGCUAAAACUAAGGAAAAAAAAUAUAUUUAAGAAAUCGCUUUUCGUUAAAAUUUUGUACAUAAACAUACCUACUUAUAUAACUAUUGUCUAUGGAUUGUGAAGUAAAAUGAAAAUUAUCACUGCCGUCAUCUUUUCAGUGCAACUACUAGCUUUUGUUGAUUUAAAUUAAGUAAAUUAGUAGACAAAAAACAAUUUUAAAUUAUGAAUUUAUAGAUUUACUAUCACAAGAAUUGUAAAGGAGUGAUAUUUUAACCGUAAUAUGUACAUACAUACAUUUCGUGAUUAAUUUUGUAUGUCAGCUGUCAAAUGAUGUUUGUGAUGACAUUUCGAAAAAUUCGAAAUUUCUAUCUUCGGAGCCGUUCGCUUGUGAGUCCAACUCUAUUAACUAUAUUUUAUAUUGAAAUUAAAAAACAAAACUGGCGGGGCUUAUGUAUGAUCAUAUGAUGUAAAUUAAAUGUUCUAGCAAAGUUUAAGAGUAAUAAUUGAUUUCGUUUACAACAUUUUACCUUUACAACGUAAACGCUGUUUUAUAUUAUUUAUUGUAUAUCUAUCGACAUAAAUGGUUUAUAUCCAUUAUCCGAGCCGUGUCUAUCACAAAGUUAAGAGUGACUGUAUGACCAUUUACGUUUUGGUGGUAAAAGAAUAAAUUUGUUUUUAUAUUUGGAUUUGCAAACUUUUUAAAUUAAAAUUGCAUUUUAAUUAGUACACAUUUUUAUAACAGUAGGUACCUACCAACUGAAUUCAUACGUAAUCGAUUUAUUAUAAACAAUAUUCAUUUCGAAGUUCUGAGAUAUUGAUUUAGCAAAAACUGGCAGAUUCUAAAAUAUGUUCUUCACAAAUUAUUAUGUGCUGUUUAAAUAGCAGAAAAUUGUUGUUCACUAAUGUCUAAACCAUAAGCAGGGACAUUGAAUAAUAGUACAUUCAUUUUUGUAUUAAGAAAAUGAAAUCUCACCUGUCUACAUUAUUAUGUCUCGGAUUUUAAUUUGUAAAAAAUCAGUUUUUGAAAUUCAGUAUCUAAUGCACAGACUAAGUAAGAUUAUGUACAUUCAUUUGCGUGUGAAAAAUGCAUGUUAUUAAUUUGCCUACUCGAGACUGCUAGCGGCCGGGUAAACAUUAAUAAUAUAUAUAAUUAACGAGUUCGUGAAAUAUGAUUUCACUGUUAAAUGAUUCGACUAUUAUCAAAGCCGGCAAUGUGACUUUUGGACAAUUAUUGGUAAAUCAGAAAAACGAAUUAUUGACUUUGUAUUCCAUUGGCAGUCACAAAACUCUUCUGAACGACAUCUUGGAUAAAUAACAGGUUAAGUUAAUACUUUAUUUAAUGCAGGUUUUGAACCGUAUUCUUUGAAGGAGACGAUUAUAUUCAAAACAAUCUGUAUUGACAUAUCAAUAACAUUUUUUUGUCCAAAUUCACAGAUUGCCACCUUUGAUAAUAGACGACUCAAAUUGACUUUGGCAAAGCUCAAAUAAAAAUCCUUUCAAAUUGUUGUUAUGUUUCGACGAGUGCUAUGUUAAAUAGAUAGUGUAGUGCAUAAGUUAUACAUAUUACUAUAUUCAGUUGUAGAAUAGUUUAUUACUAGUCAGAGAAACUGAAAAAAAUUAAAUAUUACCAUUUAAUUAUUAUAUAAUAUAUAUUUUUAAGGUACAGUUACUGCGUGUAAAUUAUUAUUUUUAAACAUUACUUUUAUUUUAUAUUAGUAUGCAGACUGCAUUGAGUUUUGGAUUUAAGGCUACGUUGUUAUUAACUAAGCAUGAAACUUUUCUAUCAGUACACGUUGUUGAAAAAAAAAAAGUAUUUUGGUGCUAUAAUAUAUUUUUGGCUUGGCUAAUAUUUAAUCUCUUAAGUUUACUUAUUUUUGGAUUAAAAAAAAAAAACGUGUUUAUUGUUUGUUUUAACAAGACUUGUUUUGGAAAGGAAAUUUAAUAUUUUAUUCUUUAGAAAUUAUCGAUUUGCAAUUUUAAUAUCAUGGCUAAGCCAUUUUAACCUAAAAUAACGCUUUAAUUACUAGCGUAGGUUUGUAUCGAUGGAAAAGUUUCAAUUAACAAUUCCUCUCACUGUUUCUUUGAUAAUACUGAAAUCAAAUUGCGUAUUUACUACCUACAAUCAUGGUGCUAAAUAUAUUAAAAAAAUGAUUUACUUGUAAUCUUGCAACACUCACAAGGUUGUAUUUUUUAACUUAACGGUUUUUUGAAAGUAUUACAUUACGCAUAAAGGGACAGUGAGAGUUUUUAAAAAAGAAAAAAUAAUGUAAAUAUUUGUUUUACUGUACCUACAAUUUUAAGAGCUACAUAAGUAUGUCAGGCUGUUGUAUUUUAUUUAAUAAUUAAAUUUGAUGCGAUGGUAACUUUGUCUCAAUUUUACCCGUUAUCAGAUUUUCGUUCAUAAUUUAUUUAGUUAUAGUAACAAUUAACAUUUAAUAUUCCCACAAAUGAAACACUAAUGAUUUUGUUGAUUAAAUUUCUAAAGUUGAAUUUUCCCCCCAAAAUUCUAUGUCAAUUAUCUAUGAAAAAUUUAUUAUACAUGUUUUUCAUUAUUUAAAUAAACAAUUGACUUGUGCAACACUUAUUUAUAAUAAAAAGUACUUACAUUUAUAUUUCCAAAUAUUUAUUAAAAAGGCAAAAAAUUCAUGCUAAAUUCAACCUAUAUAGUGUAUGAUGACCUUUUUUAAUUUUUUACGUAUGUACCUAAUUAUAUACACGACAUUUUCAUAAAUUUUGAUUGAGACAUAGUUUUAUCGCUUGAUUGGUGAUUCGCCAGGGUUAAUAUACUCUGUGAUCUCAUGUAUGUCUGUUAUAACAUCUGUUUGUAAUAAUUUUACAUUAUUAAGAAAGUCGCAAAUCAUGUAUUAAAUAAUUAUAUACAUUACUAAAUCAUAUAAUAAUAAUAAUAUGUAUUUAAUAAUAGUUUAUCCAUAUUGAAUAUGAGUUUUAUGUGGGCACUGGUUUUUAAAGUACUUACGGCAAAAUGAAAAAGAAAAUUCUGGAGCGAUGUUCUGUGCCAAGCUUUACAUUAUGAAUAUACACUGUAAAAUUAAUCACGGCAGCCAUUUCUACAAUUUCUUUUUAUAAUUAAAUUACCUACAUCACAUUUCAUCAAAUAUAUUAUUUUUUAAUAUUAUUAUAUUCUGAAAAUCUUAAUUAAAUAUUUUAUUUACAUGUGAUUUUCAAAUGUAAUAGAUUCAAUUAUAUUGCCUGUACUUAAAUGCCUGUCGUUAAAAAUAAAUCUGACGUAAAUACUUAGAAAAAAAAAGAUAUCUUGCCGAGUAAAUCCUAAAAUUAGAAUUAACAAAAUGUAUUUUUGUAUGAAAAUAAAAUUGAAAGCGAGCAAGAAUUAUCCUUUCACUGCAUUAUGUAGUAGCAUUAUUAUCUAGUAUGUAUCGUUUUGCGACUUAUAAUUCUCUAAGACUUGUUUUAUUUAAAAAAAUGUCAUGUUAUACCGAAACGGCUUGAUUUAUGAAUAGUGUGUGUUUAUAUCAGAAGUGAAUAUUGUAAAUUGUUAAAUUUUGUGUUAAAAACAAACCAACCAUAAAAAUCUGUAUUUUGUUUUGAUAACAAAACAUUUACAUUUCACUGCGGUAACAAGAAUAACCGUUUUGUAUAUUGUAAAGUACCUGAUAGAUUAGAGAUGUAAGAAUUAUUAAAUGGUUGUAAAAAUAAUGAAUGUUCUGUUAUGUACACACACACAUGUUCGUACGAUGUGGUUUCGAAAGUGUGUUUUUACUUGAAAAAAAAAAGCUUAUAGAAAUACCUUGUGGAGCAAUAAAGUGAAAUGAUUUCUA